AUGGAUGUCUUGGCUAGUUAUAGUAUAUUCCAGGAACUCCAGCUUGUCCACGACACCGGCUACUUCUCAGCUUUGCCAUCCUUGGAGGAAAACUGGCAGCAGACAUGCCUGGAGUUGGAGCGAUACCUUCAGACUGAGCCGCGGAAGAUCUCUGAGACCUUUGGUGAGGAUUUGGACUGCUUCCUUCAUGCCUCCUCAGCUCCAGAUGCAGAGGACAAUAUACGACGGCUGGACCCCAUCCUUUUACCAGUGGAGACGAGUACAUGUGACAAAAGCGCCAGCAUGGACAUUAUCCUCUCCCGUGACAAACUGCUGUCUGAGACGUGCCUCAGCUCGCAGUCCACCAGCUCUUCCACAGAAGGCUACACGGCCGUCAACCAGGCCCAGCUCAAUGCAGUAACCUCAUUAACCCCCCCUUCCUCUCCGGAGCUCAGCCGCCACCUCGUAAAAACCCCACAGACUCUCUCAGCAGUGGAUGGCACAGUGACGUUGAAACUGGUAGCCAAGAAAACUUCACUGAGCUCUGUGAAAGUGGGUGUAGCAACGGCGACUGCGGGGACAAUAAAAAGCGGGCAAAGUGACAGUGAGCAAGGAGGUACAGGGACAGAAGCAUCCCCAGAAAACAAGAAGAGGGUUCAUCGCUGUCAAUUUAAUGGGUGCCGGAAAGUUUAUACAAAGAGCUCCCACUUAAAGGCUCACCAGAGAACUCAUACAGGUGAGAAGCCUUACAAGUGCUCGUGGGAAGGGUGCGAGUGGCGUUUUGCACGGAGCGACGAGCUCACGAGGCAUUACAGAAAGCACACGGGUGCAAAGCCCUUUAAAUGCAACCAUUGUGACAGGUGUUUUUCCAGGUCGGAUCACCUCGCCCUCCACAUGAAGAGACACAUCUAA